GGGGCCCUACCUCCCCCACUCCCGGGCACAGGGUGCCCCCCUCCCCCCCCACCCCUGCCGGAUCUGUCUGGCUCCUCUAGGGUGGGUGGCGAGGACAUCAUUGUGGCCCACGUGAGCCACGGCCUGGACUCUGCCUGGGUCCCAAGCCACCGGCGAGUAAACCCUCCCACUCUGCGCAUGAAGAAGCUCAACUGGCAGAAGCUGCCGUCCAAGGUGGCACAAGAGCACAACUCCAUGUGGGCCUCGCUGAACAGCCUGGGUGCCGAGGUCGUGGAGCCGGACUUCUCCAGCAUCGAGCGGCUCUUCUGCUUCCCCCAGGCCAAGCCCAAGGAGCACGUGGCCGCCCCGGCCAGGAAGGAGCCCAAGGAGAUCACUUUUCUGGACUCCAAGAAGAGCCUGAACCUCAACAUCUUCCUGAAGCAGUUUAAAUGCUCCAACGAGGACGUGACUGCUAUGAUCCGGGCUGGGGACACCACCAAAUUCGACGUGGAGGUUCUCAAGCAGCUCCUCAAGCUCCUUCCUGAAAAGCACGAGAUUGAAAACCUGCGCUCCUUCACAGAGGAUCGGGCCAAGCUGGCCAACACCGACCAGUUCUACCUCCUGCUGCUGGGCAUUCCCUGCUACCAGCUGCGGGUGGAGUGCCUGCUACUAUGUGAGGGCAUGGCUGUCGUGCUGGACAUGGUGCAGCCCAAGGCCCAGCUGGUCCUCGCGGCCUGCAACAGCCUGCUCACCAGCCAGCGGCUGCCCAUCUUCUGCCAGCUGAUCCUGAAAAUUGGAAACUUCCUUAACUACGGCAGCCACACGGGGGACGCUGAUGGCUUCAAGAUCAGCACGCUGCUGAAGCUCACGGAAACCAAGUCCCAGCAGAGCCGCGUGACCCUGCUGCACCACGUGCUGGAGGAGGUGGAGAAGAACCACCCAGACCUCCUGCAGCUGCCCCGGGACCUGGAGCAGCCCUCCCAGGCAGCGGGGAUCAACCUUGAGCUCAUCCGUUCCGAGUCCAGCACCAACCUGAAGAAGCUUCUGGAGAUAGAGCGGAAGGUGUGGUCCUCCAUCCCUGAGGUGCAGGAACAGUACACCCAGCGCGUCCAGGCCAGCAUCAAGGCCUCCCGGGCGCUGGAUGAGGUGUUCCAGGCCAUCGAGCAGAAGAAGCUAGAGGUGGCCAGUUACCUGUGUGAGGAUGCUCAGCAGCUGUCCCUGGAGGACACAUUCAGCACCAUGAAGACCUUCCGGGACCUCUUCAUCCGCGCCCUGAAGGAGAACAAGGACUGGAAGGAGCAGGCGGCGAAGGCUGAGAGGAGGAAGCAGCAGCUGGUGGAGGAGGAGGCGCGGAGGCCGCGGGGGGAGGACGGGAAGCCUGUCAGGAGGGGAGUCGGGAAGCAGGAGGAAGUGUGUGUCAUCGACGCCCUGCUGGCUGACAUCAGGAAGGGCUUCCAGCUGCGGAAGACGGCCCGUGGCCGAGGGGACGCAGAGUGGGGCAGCAAGGCGGCUGCCGUGGACCCGCCGAGGGACAAGGCGCCUGUGGCCCCCAGAGUCCCCUCAGGAGGCACCGACUGCCCCACCUCUGAGCCCCGGGGCUGGGACCUCUCAGAUGCCACUGCCCCGAGCCCGCAGCCCACCGCAGACCCGUCAGAGGAGGGCGGGCCUGGGCCCCUGGAGAGGCGUUCUUCCUGGUACAUGGAUGCCAGCGAUGUCCUGACCACCGAGGACCCUCAGAGCCCCCAGCCUUCUCAGGGCGCCUGGCCCGUGGUGCUGGGAGGUGCGCAGGCCCUGAAGCCUCUCAAGCUCUCAGGUGACAAGCCUCCCGGGGUCAGAGGGUCGAGCCAAGAUGCUGAAGACCCCACAGCCCCUGAGGGCGUCUGCCUGGCCGAGGCCGACAGCACCGUGGAGGGGCUGCCGGACGCCGCUGCCCACGGCCACAGUGCCGACCUCCCCGCCGCAGGCCCUGGUGUGGCCGGGGACGGCGACGGGGACCAGGAGGACACAGCCCCAGAUUCUGCACUGGACACAUCCUUGGACAGGUCCUUCUCUGAGGACACAGUCACGGACUCUUCAGGGUCCGGCACUCUCCCCAGGGCCCGGGGACAGGCCUCAAAGAGGACGGGCAAGCGAAGGAAGAAGCGUCCCUCAAGGAGCCAGGAAGGCCUCAGCCUUAAGCCCAAAGCCAAGUGAGCGUGCCCGCGGCCGGCCCCCGCACAGCAGCGGGCCCCUGGACAUGCUGCUGAGUGGGGCUCCUCCAGGGCCAGGCUGGAACUGGGCCCCUGAGAAACCAAAACUCUGUGCCUUACCCUCCAGGGAGGUGGGCCUCCCGGAGCUGCUUGGGGGCACUGUGGCCGAGACCCCAGCAGGCACCAGGGCCCGGCCCCCCGGCCCCCUCCUGGCCAGCCUGCACGCCCCCAGCCCUCUGUGGUCUGCUUUCUGAAUGCCAAUGCCCACGCCUGCACCUGCAUGCUCCACAGCACCCCCACGGGCACGUGGGCGGUGCCUGUGUCCCCAGGGCGCCUCUCAGCUUGCGCCCUGCCCUCCAGCCACCUGGCACCCAGAUGCUUCUAGAGACAGGCCCUCGCAGACCUCUCCCCACAAAGCCACGGGAGCCGGGCAGAGCUGGAGCCCCCACACCCCUGCCCGCUGCCUCCUUACCCAGCCCCGGGCCCCUGCUCCCAGCUCUGCCUCUCAACUGGUUUGGCUGGGCUGGAACUGAGUGGAUUUUAACUGAAAUAGGAUUGUUUCUGCAUCUCUGCUCUUCUGGGGUAGCUAAGUUGGGCAUAGGUGGCGGGGGGAGGACCCUAGGGCCUGGGGUAGGGGCAGGCUGGCCAGCAUCACCACGAACAGGCCAUGGUCCCCCCACCCAGCAAACGGAGGGCGCCUCCCCUGGGGCUGGCCCCCCUCCCGGUACACCCAGCCCUGGCUGCCACGGCCGGGGCCUGGCCACCUUGUCGCCAGAAUGACUCUCCCUACCGCUGCCUCCUCCAGAGGGACCGGGCUCUCCCCGCGCUGGGCUGAGAGGAGGCCGAGGACCCAGGCCUGGCGGCUGCCAGCUCCCCCUACCCCACCCCUGCCCCAGGUGUGUGCUCCCGAGGCUGGCGUCUGAGAGGCUCAGACCAAUAAAGAAGAAAAGAGCUGGCCCCGGGAGCGGCGGUGUGGCGUUUAGGAGCAGCGGGCAAACGUGCGGUGACCUCUCCCAGCGGCUGUGCGGACGCGGGCCUGCCUGCUCCCAAAACACCCCCAGGACCGGAGCAGAGCAGGUGCCAGACAGACCCCAGAGUGGGGGCGAGGGGAGCCCAGAACGUCCAUGCAGAAAUCUCACCCGCUGAGUCUUCAGCGGAUUUACAAGGCCUUCAAGCACCGUGAUCCAGUUCUAGAAUAUUCCAUCAUCCCCCCGAAGUUCCCUUAGCAGCCACUCCCCAUGCUGCCUCCCCCAGCCCCCAAAUCUGCUUUCUCUCUCCAUAGAUUUGCUUUCUGUGGACGUUUCCUAUAAAUGGAGUCCCGCUACGUGGCCUUUCGUGGCCGGCUUCUCCUACGUAGCGUGUUCUCGAGAUUGACCAUGUU